AUGGUGAACAUCCCAACGGCUCCAUCGGAAGCGUACGACAACUAUUUUGUACAGCCUCUCGCACCUAUUGGUGGUAGUCUUGUUGGAUCAUUCUUUGUUGGAUUGAUUCCACUCAUCCUAGUGCUGAUUCUUUUGGGUGUUUUAAGAAUGCCUGCCCAUUAUGCUUCAUUUUUAUCUUUGGUUGUAUGUAUCUUGAUUGCAAUCUUUGGAUGGCACAUGCCUGCACAGCAAGCAUUCUCUGCUAUUGCCAAUGGCAUCGUAUUUGCAAAUUGGCCCAUUAUGUGGAUCGUCGUAAACGCCAUGUGGAUCUAUAAUAUCGCCGUACGAUCAGGCAUCUUUAAGCUUUUCCGAAGAUGGAUGCUCACAAAUACCCCUGCCGAUAAGCGUGUGUUUUUAAUCCUCAUUGCAUAUAGCUUCUCAGCUGUGCUGGAAGGUGUUGCUGGCUUUGGUACUCCUGGAGCUAUUUGUUCAGCCCUCCUUGUCUCAUUAGGCUACAAGCCGUUGGAUGCAUUGACUUUUACGCUCUUGUUCGACACGAUCCCUGUGGCAUUUGGUGCAUUGGGCAUCCCCAUCACCACUCUUGGAAGCUUGACCGAAAUCGAUCCCAUGAAGAUCUCUGCCAUGCUGGGUCGCCAAUUGCCUUUGUUCAGUCUGUUCCUGCCAACUUAUGCGAUGGUGCUUUAUGCUGGUCCACGUGCUGGUUUCCUUGAAUGCUGGCCACUUACAUUGAUAGCUGGUCUAUCAUUUUCUGUUAUCCAAGGCAUCUUUGCCAAUUUGGUCGGCCCCGAGUUGCCAGAUUUGCUUUCAGGUCUCGUAUCCAUGUUGGCUAUCAUCGUAUUUGUGCGAUUCUGGAAACCACCUUUUCGUGAAGAAUAUCGAGCCAUAAUGGUUGCUGAUCCCGAUGAUGCUCCUGCUGGUACAGCUGCUGCAACUGACUAUGGAGCAACAACAACAACAACCACUCCACCUAAGAAGACCCUUUUGGAUCGUGCUCAAUUCUGGAAGAAAACGGAAGCCAAUGACUUCGUUGUCACCACCAUCAGCCGCACUGAACAAGUACCGAAACGAUCCUUGCUUUCGACUUUGCAAUUUUGGCGCAAACCUGCACAAGAUGAUGAUGAUGAUACUUCAAGUACUCAAUCCAACAACAACAACAUGCCAAAUGAUCAUGAUGACAUGCGUGAUCCCAACCGUGACAUGGAUGAGGAGAUGGGUCAAGUCCCCAGCAAGCCCGUAUCUACUGCCGUUGUCAAGCCAACGAUUUACGAGACCAUGUUGGCGUGGAGUCCAUGGAUAUUGAUUGUGAUCCUUGUCAUUAUUUGGACCUUUGCGGACAUUUCACAAUAUGGAGAACAAAGCGUCCAAUUUCCUCAUUUGCAUGAUCGUGUAUGGUUGACCUUAUACAGCAAGCCUUAUGAUGCCGUUUGGGAUUUCCAACCAUUGGCCACUGGUACAGCCAUUCUUAUUGCCGGUCUUUUAUUUGACGUGAUUGUAUUGAUCAACGGCUCCUCGCCAUGGAUUAUUUGGUACGCCCUUAUUGAUACGGUCAAGCAGCUCUUUUUUGCCGAUUUGACAGUGUCGUUGAUUAUGGCUUUUGCAUACCUUUACAAUUACUCGGGCAUUGUCUACACCGUGGGUCUUACGCUUUCCCAAGUGGGUCGUGCUUUCCCCUUCUUAUCAGCAUGGAUUGGUUGGAUCGGUUGUUUCCUCACAGGCAGUGAUACAUCGGCUAAUUCGCUGUUUGGCAACUUGCAAGUUGUUGCUGCUCGUGAAAUUGGCUUGUCGAAAAUCUUGAUGGCAGCAACCAAUACCGCUGGUGCAGUAACGGCUAAGCUCAUCUCACCACAAACCCUCAGCACUGGUGUAUCGACCAUUGGCAUGCGAGGCAAGGAAGGCGUUGUCUUACGUCGCACCAUUAUCCAUUCCAUCCUGUUUGUAUGCCUUGUUGGUGCGCUUACUUGCUUUGAGCAGUACGUCAUUCCAGGCAUUAUCCCACCAGGCGAUGAUUAA